GAGGCACGCCGCCGGCUUAUCGUGUUUCGUGCCUUCUCGGCUAGUACAUUUAUUAUAAUUAUUUAGAUUUAUAUUCGUAGAACUCUAGCCAGUGUUAGUCCUGUUGUAGAAUACGUGGAUUAAGGAAUCGGAUUGCUCAAAUAAUAUAAAAAACCAUGGGUAAAGACGAGAAAGAAGACUCCGGCUUCGGCUUCAAGGACAAGGCGAAGGCAGAAGAGACCCUGAAGCUUCUAGAGCAGCACGACCCUAAUUACCGGCGGCUGACUGUACGCGGGCUACUGGGCCGCGCCAAGAGGGUACUUUCCUUAACAAAGGCAGAAGAUAAAAUAAAGAACAUCAAAGAAGCAAUGGCGGUGUUCGAGAACUGGCUGGCGGAGCUGGACGCGGGCAAAGAGAAGAAACCAGAUAAGAAGAAGGAAGAGAAGAAGGCAGAGAAGAAAGAAGAUAAAGAUUCCAGCUCAGACGUGGAAAUGGAGGACAAAGAAGAAAAGAAACUGCCAGCAGACAAGGUUCCAGGGCUGGGCUUCAAGGACAAGGAGGCCGCAGAAGGGACCCUCAAGGCUUUGGAGGGGCGCGACCCCGACUACCAGCAGCUGGCCGUCAAGGGGUUGCUCGGGAGCGCCAAGCGGGUGCUCACUUGCACUCGAGACGAGACCAAGCUCGCCAACAUCAAGGAAGCCAUGUCGAUCCUGGAAAAGUUCCUGGACGACUUCGACACUAACCACCUGAGCAAGCAGAACAACGCUUACCUGAGUCUGGGCAUCGUGAGGACUGCAGAGAAGUCAGCUGGGGACACCGUUACUGAGCAACAGAGAGCCUUCAUAGCAGCUUACAGCUCUGUCAACGGCGAGUACAAGCGCCUGCGCACCGUGGAGGACGAGGGAGGCAAGACCUGGGACAUCGUGAGGAACGCCGCUCUUAAAGACCUGAAAGAGAAGCACGCCAACGCAAAACUCUUCAACGACAAAGACGAGCCUACCGCUGAACACCUGGAACUCCUGCUGUGGGCAUACUCACCUGAGGCGGCCAAGGUCAAGAAAGUCGUGCCAGAGACUAAAGAGGCCAAAGACCGGAAGCGGAAGAGCAGCGGCGGCGACGAAUCUCCUAGUAAAAAGAAAAAAGAGUAACGGCUAGGUUUUU